CAUGGUAUUUAUCCCAAGGAGGUUGUAACACACCUGCAGAAGAAGCAUUUCCUCAAGCCACGGGAUAGUCAACCCAUUGCUCAGGCAGUGGCUGGCUGGGCGGGGAUUAUCCAGCAGCCAGACAAUUUAUAUAUUCCCCGUGUGCUAGACACGCUAGUUCCCAUCAUCCCCAUUUAUACCAACGGGCUGUUAUGCUAG